UCGUCCUUAACCACCCAAAAGCCAAACCUACUCAGUACUCUUACUCACCCAACAAAUCCAAAUCUAGAAGGAAAAAAAAAGAAACAAACCAAAAAAAAAAAUUAUAGUAAAAUAUAAAAAAAUUCAAAGAAAAACCAAAGCUAGCUAGAACCUGAGCCAAUACACUUAUAAAAAAAUGAAUAACAUCGUUUGUUUUGCAAGUGAAAUUAGUGUCUCAACCCAAAAGAAGAGAGUGAUAAUCGAAGAACUUCUUAAGGGGCAAGAAGCUGCUACCCAACUCAAGGUUCUUCUUCUUGAGAAGCCCUUUUGGAGUGAAGCCUCUCUCUCUUUUCAGGAAGUCAUGGACAAUGUUCUGAGAUCUUUUUCAGAAGCUCUUUCUAUUCUAAACUCUUCUUCUUCUUCUGAACCAGCUGGUUCAGCAGCUGAGGUGGCUCAUCGGAGUCUCCUGAAUUCCGGCCAAAAUGGGUCGCCGGAGGCAGCUUCCGGCGAGAAGAGAUUCCAGAAGGAUGGGAGAGGUCGCUACAAUAGAAGUUUUUCACGACAAAGCGAUUUGGGUUGCUGAGAGGCUUUGUUGAAUUGGGAAUAUGUACGGAAGUAUGGACAUUGAGUGUGUCGUUGUUUUACUAUGAAUGGACAGUUUUUGUUUUAUUAUAUAAAACAAGUUUGAAUUUUUUGAGGUUAUGUG